UUCCUUUUCCCUAUUCAUUCCAUGGUUGUGCAUCACAAGCCAGCGUCUCCUAGCAACCCGUCCCGGGAAGGAUGGCCAAAUUAUCAGCAGAGGAUGUCGAAGAAGUCCUCCAGCUGCCGCAGAAAACGGGCCGCCAGCACCUGAGGGAUUUGCUGGGGUGGGACGAGUUUGACGAGGUCCGGGAUCUGCGGCAGAGCAUCUCUCUCGACAUCCAUUACCGCAGCCUGGUGUUCGCCACCGAGAAGGGCUUGUCGUGGGUGGCUGUGGCGGAAGUGGGAAGGCUGGCAGGGGAGCUGCUGGAGGAAACCGUAGGUCUGCCCGUCUCACAAGCCAUCAAACUCCUGCAGGAGAAGCUCGCUGCCUUCCGGGUGACUCUUCCGGACUUCCACCUGCGUGCCGUCUGCGAUUACUUCCACAACACCUUCAUCAAACAUUACGGGCUGCACCAGUUCGUCCUGGCUCAGGAGAGGGACCGCUGCCAGACCUUUGCCAGCCUGGAGGUCUACGCUCCCCCCAAGCCCCUGCCGCUGAGGUGGGGCAUGGAAAUCAGGGCCUGGAAGUACCAGCAGCAGCUGGCCGCGAUCUCUGCAGCGGAGGAGGAAAGGCAAGCUGAAAUGGUGCGGAUCAGGGGGACCUUGUGCAGAGAGAGGGAGAGCAUGCUUGAGGAGGUCUACAGGAGCGUCCGGACGCAGACGGCCACCCUGGAGAAAGAGCAACGCCUUCAGCAGAAGCCGAAAGGAAUACGGCGAAGGCGCCUGUUUGAGAUCAAUAGGCGGGGAGUUCCAAAGUGCAGCGAAUGA